AUGUAUAAAAGAGGAAUUGGUCUUACACAACUUGGCGAACAAAUAAAAGGGAAAUUUGAUCCUAUCUCCCGCUGCAAUCUUGUGAUAGAGCAAUACAAUGACGCAGUAAACCGUGAAGGCGAGGUAUUUUUAAAAACAGCUCACAAUGAUUUUCUCUAUAAGCUAUGGUUUGCAUUGGAAUCUCGAUGUCUAUUCUGCAUGCUUUUUUUCUAUUUUAUUCCCUUUAUCAAUCUUCUUACCUUCAUCGGGAACUGCUUUACACUACUUAUCCAUGAAUUUGCUGUGUGUAUCUUAAAAUCCAAUCAAAAAAGAAUCCCAGACCCUUUCAUGUAUAUGGUCUAUUCGCCAAUUUUAUGUAAUCGUGGGUCAACAAGCUAUCUCUAUUUUGAAAUUGCUUCAGAACAGCUGGAGUCUUUUAAGUUUGACCCUGAAAUAAUGACCAUGCUAAGGGAGAGAAGAAGUUACGACAAUAAAAUCAGGUUUAUGGUAUAUAAUAAUGAAUUCCUGGCUGGAUAUCAUAAUAUGCUGAAGGCAAGAUUUAUUCCAUUAAUACAUGUCAUUUUGAAUGGGAUGAUUUUUUUUGUGAUGCAGUAUUUUGUGUAUGAGCCUUUCUUGUGUUUAAGCUUGCUCGCCCCAAUUGACUCUUUAACUGAAUGUUCAUUUUAA